GUUUUAGAUAGUUUACGUUUGGGCAAUCCAGAUAUUGCAAAAGAUGCAAAAUGUCACAAGGUUGUUUUCACACCAGUCACUAUAUUCUAUUAUCAAAAACGCCAAGUCGAUGCAACAGGGAACUCUAGUGAAAACUCUACUCAAGGUGUACAGGCGAGUUCAGAAAUACAACUCGUGUCACCCAAUGCAACAGAACUUAAUCAGACGGAAUUCAACAACAUUCUCGUUACAGGGUACAGUCAAGUGAAUUCAAGCAGUGAAUUGCACUUAUCCAAUGUAGAAACUAACG